AUGUCAUCCAAAUGGGGUGCGCAUGACCCUGGCCCAAACAAUCGACUUGGCUUGUUGGUCUUCACACCGUUUCCUUUUCCUGGACAUACAUAUAUAUUAGGAGAGGACAGACCAUACCCCGCAUUCGGGAAGCUUGAUCCUUCCUCGAAAUCUUCACACGUCCGCGCCUUCAUUACUUGCAUCAACUCGUUGGCGAUAUGGCGGAUAAACUGUCAGCAAGAUCCGAUCAUGCCCCAAACCGUCGCAGACCGACAGCCUGUGGGCGACAACAUGUCUCUGCGCGACAUACAAAGAUCGAUGAAGAAGGAUCCAGACGGACAUGGCAUAAGUUCAUUGGGCUACGAUGGUGUGCUUCGCACUUUUGACAACGAACGGAAUAUUCUUGAUGCAGUUGGCCUCAACCCAACCCAGAUCAGAGAAUAUUACGAUGGUCGACCGAUGCCCGAGAGAUUGCUCACUGCCGACGGCCGCAACAUAUCCCAUUGGGAUAUGUUCCACCCCGAUGCGGAGAAUAUUCCCAGGAAGUUUACAGAAGAGGAUAAAGCCAAAAUUCGGGCAUAUAACGAGGAUUUGGAAAGGCGCGGAGUUACAUGCUGUGUUUCAGGCAAGUCAGCAGACGACGGUGAAUCUGAGUACUAG